AUGAUCAUUAUGGAGGUUAUUCAUAAAGAGAGUGAUGGGAUAGAGGACAAGCAGCGAGCCGCCAGACGAGAAAGAGCAGAAAAGGAGAAGGUUGAAGCUGGUGAGAAGAAAGCAAAGGGAGCACAUGUCGUCAUGCUGCAGCUUUGUCUGGGGUCAGAACAGCAUUUCUACACGGCAAAGAAACAUAGAGAAACAGCAAGAGGGACCAAAGAGACAAACCAGGAGGAACAGAAGAACACCGAGACAAACCAGGAGGAACAGAAGAACACCGAGACAAACCAGGAGGAACAGAAGAACACAGAGACAAAUCAGGAGGAACAGAAGAACACAGACACAAACCAGGAGGAACAGAAGAACACCGAGACAAACCAGGAGGAACAGAAGAACACCGAGACAAACCAGGAGGAACAGAAGAACACAGAGACAAACCAGGAGGAACGGAAGAACACCGAGACAAACCAGGAGGAACAGAAGAACACAGAGACAAACCAGGAGGAACAGAAGAACACAGAGACAAACCAGGAGGAACAGAAGAACACCGAGACAAACCAGGAGGAACGGAAGAACACCGAGACAAACCAGGAGGAACAGAAGAACACAGAGACAAAUCAGGAGGAACAGAAGAACACCGAGACAAACCAGGAGGAACAGAAGAACACAGAGACAAACCAGGAGGAACAGAAGAACACAGAGACAAACCAGGAGGAACAGAAGAACACAGACACAAACCAGGAGGAACAGAAGAACACAGACACAAACCAGGAGGAACAGAAGAACACAGAGACAAACUGA